GGUUUUGGGUGUGUAUCUUUUUACUAAAGUCAAGCUGACAUUUCGCAAAUUUAACUAAACAAAUAAUACAAUAACGCUGCAGCGUCCCUGUUCAGAUUGAUCAAAUAUAAAAAGACAAACCAAUUACAACACCCUCUAUAAACAGAAAUCAAUUGAAAGAAAUAAGCACACAACCACCACUACUUAUCCUUGUAAUUGCAUAUUGUAUCUGAGUACUUAGACACUUUUCAACCAUAGGCCUAUCCGAGACAGCCGUAAUGGACGUAAUGUCAUCAUCCCUGCAGCAGCAGCGCAUUGUCGUCGAGCAGCUGCGCCGCGAGGCAGCCAUCGAUCGACAGACGGUGUCGGACUCCUGCGCCAAAAUGAUGAAAUACAUCACGGAGCACGAGCAGGAGGAUUACCUCUUGACUGGUUUCACCAGCCAAAAGGUUAAUCCAUUCCGUGAGAAGUCCUCAUGCACCGCUCUUUAAGCUGAGUAGUGUGUAGUUAACGAACUGGGGAUACCGUCGGAGCAGUUUGUAUUUCUCGUUUUUAAGUUCUUAAAUAUUAGCAUUCAAUUAUAAACAACAAAAUGGAAUAUAAUCUUAGCAAAAAACUUAAAGUCGACACCACCAGCAGCAGCAGUAACAACAAUACAAUGUAAA